CUUCUUGGUGGAAUGAACUUUCGAACUAUGCAAAAAUUUCCAAAUGGAAUUGAUAUUAACAAAAUUUCUGCAAUGUUAAAUGAGAAAAAACACCAACUUUUUGAAAAAGCUGCAAAGUCUCAAAGAUAUCCAAAUUUUGGUCAAUAUGAUGUGACAAUAGUAAUAGAUUAUCUGAAUUCUUUAAUCUUUAGCAAGUAA